AUGUUCAAAGGAGGGUUCGACAUAGUUCGUCGUGGGGCUAUUGAGAUAAUGCAACCCCAUGAACAAUGGGAUAGUAGUUACGCCAGUCUUGGAUUUCCUGGCGGCGGCAGUAAUUCCAUCCCUUGCACAAAACCCAUGAUUGACAAUCGAGGCAUCAACCAUCUAGAGCGAAAUCAUCGUGAUUUUCCUCAGUGGGUUCAGCAAGUCACCGAGCAACUUGUCGAAAACCAGCCAGAAACCGGAUUGUCGGAAAGCUUGCAGACCUCUGAGAACAACAUCGUUCCGGCACUGUUGGGCGAAUUGAGACCUGCAAAGUCCGCUAGGAGAAAUCCCACUGAAAGCGCCGGACAGCAACAUCAGUGGUUUGCUGAGCUUGGGGACCAAAUCACUAACUUCAGCAACGACGCCAAAGGAGGAUCAACGGCUAAAGGAUCAGACGACCAAAGCUUGAACUUAAUGACACUGCUGUUGGAGUGCGCCGUUGCUAUAUCGGUUGAUAAUAUCGCUGAAGCCCAUAGAAUGUUGCUUGAGCUAACGCAAAUGGCCACCCCUUACGGGCCUUCUUGUGCUGAAAGAGUAGUGGCUUAUUUUGCCAAGGCCAUGGCUAGUAGGGUUGUCAACUCUUGGCUGGGGAUGUGCUCGCCCUUGAUCAACUACAAAAGUAUACAUGGCUCUUUCCAAGUCUUCAACAACAUUGCACCCUUCGUCAAGUUCGCACAUUUCACUUCUAACCAAUCAAUCCUCGAGGCAUUCCACCGUCGCGACGGUGUUCAUAUUAUUGAUCUUGACAUCAUGCAAGGCUUGCAAUGGCCGGCUCUAUUUCACAUCCUCGCGACGAGAAUGGAGGGCCCUCCGCACGUUAGGAUGACCGGGAUGGGGACUUCAAUGGAGCUUCUGAUCGAGACGGGGAAGCAACUCUCUAAUUUCGCAAAACGCCUGGGAAUGUCCUUCGAGUUCCAUCCGAUUGCAAGGAAAUUCGGAGAUGUUGAUGCCUCGAUGUUUCAAAUUCGAAGAGGAGAAGCUGUUGCCGUGCAUUGGCUACAACAUUCCUUGUACGAUGCCACGGGGCCCGAUUGGAAAACAAUGAGACUCCUCCAACAGUUAUCACCGAGGGUGAUUACGCUAGUCGAGCAAGAAAUAGCCCAUGCUGGUUCCUUCUUGGACCGAUUCGUCGGUUCGCUUCACUACUACUCCACCAUUUUUGACUCUCUCGGAGCUUACUUGCAAAGCGAUGACUCGAGCCGCCAUCGCAUCGAACACGGCCUGCUGUAUAGGGAAAUCAACAAUAUUUUGGCCAUUGGAGGACCAGCUAGAAGCGGAGAGGAUAAAUUCAGGCAUUGGAGAAGUGAACUCCUGAAAAAUGGCUUCAUGCAGAUGCCCAUGAGUACCAACUCCAUGGCCCAAGCACAACUGAUACUCAACAUGUUCCCUCCGUCUCACGGUUAUAGCCUCGCGCAAGGAGAUGGAACUCUGAGGAUUGGUUGGAAAGAUACGAGCUUGUAUUCAGUUUCUGCAUGGACUUCUCCUGCUUCUAGAUAG